AUGACUGAAUCUACCUUCAACGCGGGGAUCAGCGGCCGGAACGUCGUUGCCGCCCCGGCCGCGUCCCAGAGCGGGACGAACAACGUUUACGUUGUCCACUACAACGGCCCAUUGAGACCCCGCAAGCUCUUCUCAACCAUUGCGAAAAGAGAAUGGCGGGCCUCCUCAACAGAGUCAUGGGUGAUUUUCUAA